AUGGUGACUUUGGCGGACAAACUUCGUACCCAACAGGAACUCGAGCGGCUCCAGGCCAAGUACAUCGGCACCGGCCACCCAGACACGACGAGUUGGGAGUGGAAAACCAACAUCCACCGCGACACUUACGCGAGCAUCGUUGGACAUCCACCUCUCCUAUCGUACAUGGCGCUGGCUGAAAACGAGCCUGCGGCCAAGGUUCGCGCAAGACUUAUUCGCAAAAUGCUGCAACCGAUGGGACCUCCGCCGCCGAGGGAGGGUGAAGAGCCUAUGCUUGUUGACCGAAAGGCCGAUUCUUAG